CCAAUCUUCCAACUCCCCUCCAUUAAAACCGCCAAAACUGACCCUCACACCUCUCAUGCCUUCAACUUCCCUCCUUGUACUUUAUUGAUCUCCCCAGCACCCCUUCUCUCCACAACUUUCUUUCUCUUCUCUUCUCCAAUCUCAUGGCUUGCAAGCUCUCCUAUUCAAACAGCAGGCAUUUGCUCGGUUCAAAAGCUCUAGCUGAUGCUGCUUCUUGGUAUUGUGCCUUUGUUCUUGUAGCUCUUAUUUUGCUCAGCCUUUUUAGAGAGUACUCUAGUGCUAGUAUCACGCACGAUUUUUAUGGUAUAAAAUUCAAAGGCAAGCAGUUUGUAGAGCGACCCUGUGAUGAAAUUUAUGUUGUUGGAGAAGGGGAAACCCUUCACACCAUCAGCGAUAAGUGCGGAGACCCUUUUAUAGUUGAACGGAAUCCUCAUAUUCAUGACCCUGAUGAUGUCUUCCCUGGACUUGUCAUCAAGAUUACUCCUUCGCAACGUAGCAAGUUUUUAAGGUAAGCAUUUAUGCUGCAAGAAUCUUGAACAGGGGUGAAUUCUAUCCAAAUUCAAACUGGCCAUCCAACGCAUGAUGCCUGAUUUGAGUUCAAACAAGUUUGAACUCAUAUGAACAACCGAUUAUCAGUGACUCAGUGUCAUUGGAGGGCAGCCAAUAAUGUAAGUAGUAAAACUGGAGAUAAAUAGUAUCAUCAGAUGGAUAAUCGAAUUGAUUUCAAACAAAGCUACUAAGGUAAAACUUCAGUUCGAAAUUAACUUGUUCAAACCGAGUCAUUAAUUCGAUCUAAUAAUUAUCAUGAACCUGCUCCUGUAUCAGUCGACAAAUAAUUAUACGUGGAUUAGUGAUA